AUGUCCAGUAAUACAUGUUACAGGGGAACGGUUCAGGUUCAAACCCAGGGGGAAGGGAACCUCCUGGGAAGGGAUGGCGGUAGUGUGGAGGAAAGAGACUCGGAUUGUGAAACCGCUAGGGAUUCCGAGGGAGAAAGUACGGGCACCCCUGGUAAAGGCAGCACUAAGCAAGCCUUCCAGGAAAGGGUGAUCAGAGAGCAAAAGGAGGAGGCAGCCCGGGGUAAUAGGGGCAGCCUCACCCCUCUCCGAGACCGGGGACGGGUUAGGAGAGGGGAAGUUGAGAUUAUCGGUGAAUUGUCGGGGUAUUGUGAGGAAGAUGAGGAUGAGAAAGUGUUGAUUGAUUUGGACGGGGAACAAGGCGAGGGGGGGGCUUCAGGGGGCCCAGAGAGAUACAAGCCGUUCUCCUUAGGAGACGUGCAGGCACUAGCAGACAAGAUGCCCCCUCCUGCAGACGGGGGAGGUCACUGGAUGGAUAAAUUAGACCAGCUGACGCAGGGAACAAAGUUGGCCUUGGGUGAUUUCAGAGCAGUGGCUGCGAGGUGCCUCACUAAACAUUCUCUGCAGGAAAUAGAGGAAAGGGCAGGGACACUUACUCGCAGCGACGGUGUGAUUCUAACAGACGUAGUGCUGGGCUUGGGGGAAGCCAUGCGGGAGAUGUUCCCCGCCCCAAGUGGGGCUAGCAUGCCAAAAUUUUCGUGGGACCCUAAAAUACCCCCCAGAGAAUAUCUGGACAAAUGUAAGGAGGAUUGGACGCGGAGAACUGGGUGUCACCCGGGGCAGGCGGGGGUUCAGCAGGAGUGGUUCCGGCGAGCGGUCCUGGAAGGUGUCCCUGAGCAAGUGAAAGCAGCUAUGUUAGCUAAUCCUGACCUCCCAGGCGCUGAGUCCCCCGUGUGGGAUAGACAUGUGUUGCAUCAUCUUCAGAGAGCGAGGGACGAGGCCACAAAAGAGGAAGGAGUAAUCAGGGUUGGGGUCCCCAGCAAUGGGGAAGAGGCCGUGGGGGCCGAGGCCGGGGAGCCGGGAACUGGGGAUGGGGCCGGGGUAUGUCGCAGAGGUGGCCACCGCAGGGAGCUUGUUUCCGGUGUGGGGCUGUGGGUCAUUGGGCCAGGGAGUGCGGAGCAGGACAGGCCCAAGGAGGACCCCCAGCAGGACAAGCGACUGCACCCAAUCCACAGGCUGUUCCCGGAGGAGGGCAGGGGGGCAGACCCCAUGCUGUCCCUAAAGGUCAUGGACAAAGAACUGCCGUUCUUGGUGGACACAGGGGCCACAUAUUCGACUUUGAAUGUGAUGCCUAACCAACAACAUCUUUCCACCACUACAGUGACCGUUGUGGGCUUCUCCGGGGAGGAGCAGAAACUGCCAGUGACUAAGCCUGUGAGAGUGCGGUUGGGGGGACAGACCUUUCUACACCCGUUUGUGGUCUCCGCUGCAGUGCCUGUGAACCUUCUGGGGCAGGACAUGCUGGUGAAGCUGGGGGCUUCAAUUCUGUGUAAUGCUGAGGGUUUGGUUGUCACCCUCCCCGAAGGGACCCGCCUGCCAUGUGACGGAGCGACAGGCGGCACCGGGCAGUGGCUGAUGCAACCUGUGUCACAACAUCCGGUGGCUGACAUCUACUGGGGCCUCCUGCAGCCUAGCCCGGCGGGUAUCCUGGCGGUGUACUCCGCGUGGCGCUCCUGGAUCUCCCUCCUGGAACCCUACGUUCCUCCGCCCGACCCCCCACAUGUGACACUGUUUUAUGACCGAAAUUCCACAGAAUGGUAUGGGGACCUGUUUUCUGAGCAACUGGAAGGCCACGAGUGGCAAGUUGCUUCCCAAAACAUUUAUGUAGGUCCCGAGGGGGUGGCCUCAGCAGUCCACCUGUCUCCUGAGCAACUGCCCUGGUACAGGAUGGGAGAGGAGGCGGUGCCACACGUCUCUCUCGCCCUACAUCCUAAGCAUCAGGCUAAAGAUUUAGGCCCAAUAGUGAAAAGAGCCACUUCAGCUACGGACUGGGUUCUCACUCAGAUCCCUCAAAUCUCGUACUCCCCCUCCUGCAGUUCCUACUGUAUUCAAACUAAGGUGACAGACACAGCCAGGUUACAGCAUGAACAAUUGUCUAGGGACCAUGGUAGGGAAAAGAUGGAUCAUCCCGGUGCAGCAGCACUACUGGCUUCUCUGCCAAACUCACUGUGGUCCACCAGCCCCACUGAUGUUGGUUUGGUGGACUGCACGCCCGUCGACUUCCUACUGCACCCCAGUGCUGGACCCCUCUGGGUCAAGCAAUAUCAACACAAACCAGCUGCAGAGGAAGGGAUAGCAGAGACUGUAGCCGGUCUCUUACGGGCGGGUGUAUUAGAAGGGUCCACCUCUCAGUGGAAUACUCCUAUACUCCCAGUAGAGAAGGCAGGAACAGGCAAGUAUCGUAUGGCGCACGACUUGCGCGCUAUCAAUGAGCUGCUGCUGACUCCCACUGUUCCAGUUCCUAAUCCCUACGUCGCUCUCACCAAUCUUACGCCGUCCCAAACAUGGUUCACUUGCAUUGAUCUGGCUAAUGCUUUCUUUUCUUUACCACUAGCACCCCACUGCAGGGACGUAUUCUCGUUCACGUACAGGGGAUGCCAGUUCAGGUACACGCGACUCCCACAGGGAUUUGCUCUGUCUCCUGGGAUUUUCAACCAGGUGUUGAAGCAGUCGUUGCAGGGCUGCCAUCUCCCGGAUGGGGUCACCCUCGUCCAGUACGUCGAUGACUUGCUUAUCGCGGCCCCGACAGCGGAGGCGGCACUCGAGGCAACGCGGUCAGUGCUCCUCUGGCUGGCAGAAAAAGGAUUUAAGGUCAGUAAGGAUAAGAUACAGGUGGCCCGGACGGUGGUGUCCUUCCUGGGGAGGGUCCUGUCAGGUAAGGGAACAGGGCUCUCUCCGGCCCAUCGGUCAGCCAUCCUGAGUCACCCUAAACCAAUUAUUGUGAAGGACAUGUUGUCCUUUUUGGGACUGACCGGAUACAGCCGAACUUACAUUGCAGAUUACACGGAUCUGACGCAACCACUGAGGGCUCUGGUGCGGCCACAUGGCCUGCGGAGCCUCAGCGCCACUCUGACGUGGGAUCAACCUGCAGAGGAGGCUUUCAUCACUCUCAAGCAGAGGUUGGCCCAAGCAGCUGAUUUGGCGUUACCUGAUUAUUCUCUCCCGUUUCAUUUAGAUGUUUCUGAAACUGGAGACGUCGUGAACGCCGUCUUGUUUCAGAAAAAGGGGGGAGAGAGGAAGGUAUUGAUGUAUAUUAGCACCAAACUCGACACCACAGAACAGCGACAUCCGUCAUGCACCAGACAUGUGGCAGGAGUGGCAAAAGCCGUGCAGAAAACAGCACACAUUGUGAUGGGCCAUGCCCUGCACAUCCUGACCACGCACAGUGUGGUGGCCUAUGUGAACUCACAAACGUUCACAAUGACGUCUCUAAGACAGCAGAGGCUCAGCACAAUUUUAGAGGCGCCACAUUUAACUUUUGUCCAUGACUGCAUCAACAUGGCUGAUCGAAUGGGGGGAGGGGCACCCCACGAAUGUGAGGCCAGGGUUAGGAAAGAGGAAAAGGUCAGGGAGGACCUAGCAGCCGAACAGAUAGAAGGUACGGAGGAGUGGUUUACUGAUGGAUGUUGUUUUCGAACAGAGAGUGGAAGUUUGCAAGCAGGGUUUGCAGUGGUAGCGAGAGAAGGCCUGGGAUUCAGGACACUGAAAGCAGAGAGACUGGAGGGGGCCCAAUCGGAGAUCAGGGCAGUCAUUGAAGCUUUAAAAUUGGCCGAAGGUAAAGCAGUCACCCUCUAUUCAGACUCAGCGUAUGCGGUGGGGGCUGUGCAUGUGGAACUCAGCCAGUGGCUGAGGGCUGGGUUCUUAACGGCAGGAAACAAACCGAUUAAGCAUGAGGCAGAUAUGAGAGAGUUAGCAGAGGCAUUGAUGCUUCCGGAGAAAAUAGCUGUGGUAAAGUGCAAAGGACAUGAGGGGUCAGGGACAGUGAUAGCACAAGGCAAUCAAGCUGCAGAUGCGGAAGCAAAAGUGGCAGCGGGGUAUGAGGUAAGCAGACAGAUGGUUACAGUAGAAGAGGAACUGGAGGGACAGGGCAGGCUGACCUCAAGCAGGAUCCGAGUCAUGCAGGCCCAAGCCUCCCCAGAGGAGAAGAACAUGUGGGCAGAAAAGGGGGGCAUAGAAACAGAGGGCCUGUGGUGUAAUAGGGAGGGGAAGCCAGCCCUACCUAUGGGAAUUAGGCAACAGGUCAUAGAGGAGGCACACGGUGUGGGGCAUGUGGGGACAGGACAGAUGCUUCACAAUUUGAGAGCAUGGUGGCAUCCGUUCCUGAAGGAUAUGGUAAAGGAGUUUGUGAGAAGCUGUGAGAUCUGUGCGCUGCAUAACCCAAGACCCACGGUAAAACCAGAAAAGGGUCAGCUUCCAGCAUGUCAUAGGACUGGAGAGGAAAUAGUCCUAGACUACACCGACAUGAUAAUACCGGUGCGUGGGAUGCGAUAUGUGCUGAUGUGAGUGGAUGCAUUCUCAGGGUGGCCAGAAGCCUGGCCCACUAGGAGAGAAGACGGGGCCUCGGUGGUGAAGUUCCUAGUAAACCAUUGUAUACGGCAUGGGUUCCCCGAGAGGGUGAGGUCAGACAAUGGUUCACAUUUCAAAAGCGAGGAUCUGCAGAAGGCAGAAAGGGCGUUGGGACUUAAACAUGCGUUCGGGACAGUGUAUCAUCCUCAGUCCCAGGGGAAGGUGGAACGCAUGAACCAGACGGUCAAACAAAAAUUGGCAAAAAUCUGUGCACAGACUAAAUUGAAUUGGGUUGAGGCAUUACCCCUGGCACUAAUGUCAAUCAGGUGCUUCAUAAAUCGGGGAACCGGGUUCACUCCGUUCGAGUUGCAGACAGGACGACAAUUCCCAGGGCCCUACGGAGGACUCGAGGGGAAACCAGAACAAGGAGGGGUAAGCACGGCCAAAGCAUAUUAUGAGGAGUUACAAGUGCUGGUGAAAGAUUUCUCCAAGCAGGUCCAGGAAACGAGACCAGGGGCCCAGCCAGCCAAGCCACAUACAGCGGAGUGGGUCCUUCUGAAGGUCAUCAAAAGGAAGUGGUCAGAGCCCAGGUGGACCGGCCCCUUCCAAGUCACGGAACGGACGUCUCACGCAGUGCGGCUGAAAGGCAAAGGUGAAACCUGGUACCAUUGGAGCCAGUGCGCAGCGGUAGCAGAGCCCAGCAGAUCACUCGCCGAGAUCCAGGAGGACCUCGCCGACAGCGCAAAGCAACCCGGUUCGGCUGAACCGGCAGUAACUCAGGUCCCAGCAGUAGGGGCAGAAUAAUCCCCUGACCUGAGGCAACCAGCAGGGUAGUCCACCCCUGACUGAAAGAAGACGACUACACCUCAUCCACCAGAGAAAGAUCGGGACCAGGAUGACGAUGAUCAAGAUAAAAAGGGGGACUGCGGGGGGAAAACAAGUAAUGUGUAUGACGUAUAACGUGACUAACAUGCCGAUGGUGAAAAUGUACGGUUCUGUCACCAAGGCGCUAGAAGGUCUCCACACCCUCUCUUACACCCUACAUGAGCAGUCUGGCAUAGGGAACCUUUGGGACGACUGGAUAGCCUCCAAGUUUGGGCAGUGUAAGGGGCUAAUUGCUUUGAUACUAAUAUCGAGUGCUACAUGCACUGGUCACUUGUGGCUGUUGUUGUAUUCCCUGCCUAUGUGCUCUUGCAAUUCGGCUGAUCACAUCCACUAUAGGGAACAAGGACAGGGACUCCCACACGUACAUGUUAACAGUGCCCCUCCUUGCGACCGCAGAGGAAGGAGGGCCGGUGGAGGUACCAUUGCCUGUUUAGAGUGUCCUCCUUGAUAGGUGAUCUCCUUGCGGAGAUCAAAAGGGGGAUACCGCAAAAUUUCGCACAAAGCCAUCCAAUCAUUAGAACCUGUAGUGAUCUCCUUGCGGAGAUCAAAAGGGGGAUACCGCAAAUUUUCGCGCAAAGCAAUGUAAUCAUUAAAACCAGUAAUGAUCUCUUAGUAGAGAUCAAAAGGGGGAAUUGAAGGGGGGCUAGGCCGCGUGCUAACCUCUGUCACACUGAGAAUGGGGAACUAACUGGAACUGGAACAUAGGCAGGACAAAAAGGGGGGCUCCGGCCCUCCUCGAAGUGCAAGUAAAUUUAGAAAAGCAGAAGGUACAUUGACAGGGUCGCGGUAACAUUAAGCUUACGCUUGACGUGCGGGGACAUAACAAGGGAGGGGGUCGCUGACACUGCUAAAUUGCAACAUAACAAGACAAGGUAAAAGGGAACGGGUGUGGGGACUAACGCCAGCAAUUUCAAAACAACACUUGUAUGUUACGUCAACUGGAAAAAUACCAACAAGAACAGUAGACGCCCUAAACGGGGUAUAAAAACCAGACCCUGACAAGAGAUAUUGAGCUACUCUUGGUAUGUACUGUUUUGUGCAUCUAAGUGUGCUCCCGGAUUGCAAUCUGUGACGUCAUUAAAAAGAGCUGACUUGCAACCAA